UCUAAAGAAUUGUUGGUAGUUGUCUUUGGGAUUGUUGCCGUAUAAGGACGAGAGUGGUUUUCGAGCGUGGGUGGACAGUUCAGAAAUUUGGGAGGAACGGUUUUACACGUGCUUGUGUAAAGUGUGGUUAAUUUAAGCGGAGCGCAUUUAUUUUUCCAUGAUGACUGCACAAACUGGCGCUGGCGAUUCCAGAAAGACCCAAGCGGGUGCUUAUAAAGAUAAGAGAAAACCAGCAGACGUUCGCGAGAGCAAUAUAAAUGCUGCCAAAGCUGUUGCUGAUGCUAUACGCACAAGCUUGGGGCCACGAGGCAUGGACAAAAUGAUACAAGCCAGCAAUGGUGAAGUUACUAUUACAAAUGAUGGGGCAACAAUUCUGAAGCAGAUGAACGUCACACAUCCAGCAGCAAAGUUGCUUGUCGAACUCUCAAAGGCACAAGACAUUGAGGCUGGAGAUGGAACAACAAGUGUCGUCGUCGUCGCUGGCAGCCUCUUGGAAGCAGCACAGAAGUUACUGGCACGUGGCAUUCACCCGACAGUAGUUUCAGAUGCAUUCCAGCGUGCUGCUGCCAAGUCUGUGGAGAUCCUUUCUGGCAUGUCACAGCCAGUAUCUCUGGCAGACAGGGACAGUCUCAUACGUUCAGCAGCAACUGCACUUAAUUCUAAGGUUGUAUCACAACAGUCCAGCUUACUGGCACCAAUAGCUGUAGAUGCAGUCCUCAAAGUGAUUGACCCUGCGCAAGACACCAAUGUUGACCUGAAGGACAUCCGCAUAAUCAAGAAACUUGGUGGAACAGUUGAAGAUUCUGAACUGGUGGAUGGUAUGGUUUUUACACAGAAGACAGUGAAUGUAAAUUGCCCAAAGCGUGUGGAGAAAGCCCGUAUUGGACUCAUUCAGUUCUGCAUAUCUCCCCCUAAGACAGAUAUGGACCACAAUGUCAUAGUAUCAGAUUACGCAGCAAUGGACCGUGUUCUGAAGGAAGAACGUGCCUACAUACUUAAUAUAGUAAAACAGAUCAAGAAAGCAGGCUGCAAUGUGUUGCUUGUUCAGAAAUCUAUACUUCGGGAUGCUAUAAGUGAUCUGGCAGUACAUUUCUUGGACAAAAUUAAAGUAAUGGUAAUAAAAGAUAUAGAACGUGAAGAUAUUGAGUUUGUGUCAAAGACACUUGGCCUGAGGCCGAUUGCUAGCUUGGAUCACUUUGUACCAGAGCACUUGGGAUCAGCAGAGUUGGUAGAGGAGGUUGCAGCUGGAGCAACAGGGAAAUUUGUGAAAGUUUCAGGCAUUCAUAAUGCGGGUCGUACAGUGACAGUGUUAGUGCGAGGAUCCAAUAAAUUAGUGCUUGAUGAAGCAGACAGGUCACUACAUGAUGCAUUGUGUGUUGUUCGCUGCCUAGUGAAAAAAAGGGCUCUUAUUGCUGGAGGUGGUGCACCGGAAAUAGAACUUGCUCUCCGUCUUGCGCAGUACUCACAAACUAUUACUGGUGUAGAUGCAUACUGUUUCAGGGCCUUUGCUGAUGCAUUGGAAGUGAUACCUUCUACUUUAGCAGAAAAUGCUGGACUGAAUCCAAUUGCAACAGUCACUGAAUUACGGAAUCGACAUGCUCAGGGGGAGAUGUACGCAGGCAUCAAUGUUCGAAAGGGAGCGAUAACAAACAUCCUGGAGGAAAAUGUUGUUCAACCUUUGCUGGUAUCAAUAAGCGCCAUUACACUAGCAUCUGAAACUGUCCGCAGCAUUCUCAAAAUAGAUGACAUAAUAAAUACAAUUCAUUGAUGGGCCAGUGCAUAACAUCUGACUUGUCCCUUCCCAGGAGGAAAAGUGUGAAGAAGAGAAUUUUUAAUGUUGCCUAAUAUGUUUUAUUUAAUUAUUUUUGUGCUAAAUUGUGCAACUAAAGGUUAACAUGCAUUUCGCUUUUUUUUUUUUUUUUUCCUUUCAAAUUUGUGUACUCAAAACUUAGUUGCACUUAUUCUGUGCUUAAAUAAAGCAUCUUGUUUACAACAGA